AUGUUUCCUACCGGCACUACUAUUAUUCGUCUUACAACAGCAUCGUCAAGGCGAGCGAUCGGUCGAGCGCUACACACUUCGUACAUAGCCAUGGCACCCAUAAAGGUUGGUGAAUCUCUGCCGGUGACGGAUUUGUUUGAAGAUUCUCCGGCAAACAAAGUGAAUGUAUGCGAUUUGACGGCGGGGAAAACAGUGGUGCUGUUUGCUGUGCCUGGUGCAUUUACCCCGGGGUGCUCGAAAACCCACUUACCUGGUUACGUGCAGAAUGCGGACAAGAUCAAAUCAGAUGGAGUAGACGAGAUCGUGUGCGUGUCGGUCAACGAUCCCUAUGUUAUGGCAGCCUGGGGGCUCCAACACAACACUAAAGGAAAGAUCCGCAUGCUUGCUGACCCCUCCGGUGCAUUCAUCAAAGCGUUGGACCUCGGCAUCAACCUGCCUCCCCUCGGCGGAUACCGCUCCAAGCGCUUCUCCAUGGUCAUCAAGGACAGCAAAGUCGACCAACUGAACGUGGAACCCGAUGGCACUGGCCUAUCUUGCUCCCUGGCUGACAGACUCAAAGUCAAGUCGUAA